AUGUGUAGUGUGACGGAGCGUUUCCGAGACUUCUCCCUCGACUUCCGCGGUGAUGUGAGUCAGCUGUCCGUCGGGGCGAUGUUUCGCAGCUACUUCGACUCAGAGACCGUCGAGGCCAAGUGCGAACACUGCGAAGCAGCGUCGGCACUGCUGGAGACGCAGCUGUCGGAAGCCCCGCGCCUCCUUGUGCUGCAUCUCAAGCGCUUCGUGCCGAACAUGGAGAAGCAGUGCUACGAGAAGCAGCAUCAAGCUGUCCACAUCCCAUACACGCUGAACGUUGGCAGCCUCCUUGGCAAGGGCGAAGCGACAGGCUCGUCCCCGGCCCGGCUGCCAGCAAGGCCCCUGGCCUCGUCGGCCUCGCCGGGUGGGGCCCCGGCUGAAGAGGCCGACCCGGAGCCCGUGGCGUACAAGCUCCGUGCCGUCGUGGCUCACGAGGGAUUGACGCCCAGGUCUGGGCACUACGUCUGCUACGCGGAGUCCUCCAAAGGCGAGUGGUUCCUCUACGACGACUCCCGCGUGAAGCAAUAUGCACGUGGCGAGGAGAAGCCCACCCCAAAUGCCGGUGACGACCCAUGA